AUGUCAAAUUUCACAGAACUUUUUGAUGAGACAUUUAAAAUAUUUCCAAGGAAUGACAGCUAUGCAUUGCCAGGUCUUUAUGAGCUGGAAGUUGGAGAUGCUGCCUUCCCUCUUUGUAUUUGUUUAAUGAUCUUUCAAAUGCAAACUGGCUUUGCCCUCAUCGAGUCCGGCAUCGUUCGACCUAAAAACAGUGUCAACAUAAUGAUGAAGAACAUUGCUGACGUGUGCAUUGGUGGACUUGCAUUUUAUAUUUUCGGUUUUGGAUUAGCAUUCGGACGAGGUCCUUUUACGACUCCUUUCUUCGGUUCUGGUGACUUCUUUCCAAAUACUAAAUUUGGUGAUCCGUUGACUUGUCAAGUCUUUACAUUGUUGCUGUAUCAGAUGUCUUAUGCGACGACUAGCAACACAAUAGUCUCUGGAGCUGUUGCCGAGCGAGUUCACUUCUCAGCCUACUGCAUUCUCACAUUCCUCAUAACAAUCCUUUACUCUCUUGGUGCUGGCUGGAUGUGGGGUGAGCAUGGAUGGCUCAGAAAUCUCGGAGCAGUUGACUUAUCUGGUGCUGUAAUUCAUAUUGUUGGUGGAGCUGCUGGAGUUACUUGUACAUGGUUUCUUGGACCAAGAAUUGAUAGAUAUAAAAAAGGACGAGAACCACUACCGAUGGGAAAUCCUGUUUUUGUUUGCAUCGGUCUCUUUAUCCUUUGGUGGGGUUGGAUAGCAUUCAACUGUGGUUGUUCGUACGGUAUAACAGGUGGUAAAUGGCACUAUGCAGCUCGUGCAGGAGUUGGAACUGCUUUGGCUUCUUGGGGUGCUGGAACAUUUGGAAUCGCUUAUUCAGCUUUUUUGCAUAAAGGAAAAAUUGAUGUCUUUGAGGUUAUAUCGGGAAUUAUUUGUGCUUUAGUCAUGAUCAAUGCUAGUUGUUAUCUAAUGCCAUCAUAUCUUGCCUUAAUCACUGGAGCUAUAUCAGCAUUCGUGUCAAUUAGCUUGCUGCCUGUGCUUGACAAAUUUCAUAUUGAUGAUCCGAUUGGUGUCUUUGCUGUUCAUUGGUUUGGUGGUGUUUGGGGUCACUUGACUGUUGGAUUAUUUUCUGAAAAUCCAGUUCCGUUGACGACUACUGCUGGAAAAGAAGGAUUGCUAAUGGGCGGUGAUUACUACUUCUUCCUGAUCCAAUGUGUCUCAAGCUUAAGCUUAACACUUCUCGGCCUUCUCGGUGCAUAUCCAAUCAUCUGGUUGACAAAUAAAAUAGUUCCAUUACGUCUUGAUCCACAAAGUGAACUACUUGGAUGUGACAUCGUUGAGCAUGGAAUUGUCAGCGAUCCGAAUACAGGAACUGAGAAAAUCGAGGAUGUCACGAACAAUGAGUUUGUAAGCACAAGAAUUGCUGAUAAUUUAGACAACAUGAAGCAAAGGAAAAGAUUUGGCACAGAAAUGAAUCUGAACACAGUCAGUGAACAUCUUUAACAGGAGCUUAUAAUAAAUUUUUGGCGAUUAGUUUUAAUUUUAGGUAUUUAAGUAAAGCAUGCGAAGUCAAUGUUUCAGAACUGUUUAUUAAAUUGAUAGCUGG